AUGAGUUCCCUGUCGGAGGAUGAAGCAUCGUCGCCCAGUGACAUGCUAUUAUGCGGUUUAUGGUUCUUUGGAGUCGGAAGUGGAGAUUCAGGUGAUGAAAGGUAUUUACCAGAUGACAUGGUGAUCGAAAUUCUUACACGUCUUCCACCGGAGGAACUCCUAUUUUGCCGGAGCGUCAGCAAGUCAUGGUAUUCGACGAUCUCCGAUGCCAAUUUUAUCGCCGAGUAUAGGCGAAAGAACAUUGGCAACGAUCGGGUAAUAGUUUUUACAACACCAACACCAACACCAACACCCGAUGAAUCUUCUCAAUUCGAGCUCAAAUAUAGCAUAUUUUCCGACGGAAAUUGCCCGAAAAAAAUCAGUCAGUCUCUUCGAACUGAUCGUAUUCCUUUUCACAUGUAUGUUAGAUGGAAACUCGAGGGCACAUGCAAUGGGGUCUUUUGCUACACGGGUGUUUUGUAUUCUGAAAAUAUUAUCUAUGAAUAUAUGACGUACUUAUGCGAUCCCUCGACAAAACGAGCAUCUCUUAUGCCGGACAGCACAUCGCCCUCUUAUCACGAAGAAACUACCGACCCCUCGACGCGAUUCGGCAUUGGAUUUGAUUCGUUGGAAAAUCUCUAUAAGAUUGUGAAGGUAAAAACUUUUAUUUACAAAGAUAAUCGUUACGGACAAGCUGCUGUUCUUUCGCUUAAAUCCAUGUCCUGGAAAGAUGUCGAGUGCCCGCUUUAUAACAUGUCUUUGUGCGACAAAUCAGUUUUCCUACAUGGAUCGAUCCAUUGGAUUUGCAGUCGGGAUUCUACGGGUGAUAAAUGCGUAAUCUCUUUCGACCUUUGUAAUGAAGUUUUCAAACAAGUACAAUUGCCACAGUGCGAGUAUAGGAAGAAAUUUUCGAUUCAUGUGGUUGGUGACUCGCUUUGCGCCAUGGCUUUUGGGAACGACGACUUGAUAUGUCAUGUUUGGAUGAUGAAAGAAUUUGGGGUCGAAGAGUCGUGGAUGGAGCAAUAUAAAGUUGUUCUCCCAAUCGGGAUACUUCGUUGCGUGGAUGUAACCGUUGGAGGAAGAAUAUUAUGCGUAAGCGAUGGCUAUGAUCUCUAUGAGGUGAAAAAUGGAGUAUUGGAGAAAAUGAAAGAUAAAGGAUCGGAGACUCCGAAGAAGAAAAAGGAACAAGAGAAUUUCGGAAAAUAUAUUUUGUACGAUCUGCAAUCGCAGAGUUACGCGAGCCUUUGUUGGGUAGACUCGGAUUGUGUUGCAUUUUCGAUCGAAAGUAGUGUUAACUUUUUAUAA